AUGAAAGCGCUGCUGUUGGCGACGCUGGUAGUCACGAGACUCAAACAGCCUUCUCGUCGGUUGCUAAUCUUGCUUGUGGUAAUUGUGUGGAUCAACGCCAUGAACUUCUUCUUGUUCCACCACCGGCAGAAAACGUUUGCCUACUUGACCAAUAAGUUCAAUCAGAUCAACCCCCUUAAUAACUACGACGGCCAUGCAAUUCCCAAAAAACUCGUCGACAGCUUGACGGUUAAGUACUGGCUCAACGAAGAAAAGAUCGUUUCUGACCCACGAAGAAUCGAGAGACACGCGCUGAACUACGAUAACCGCUGUGACGCCUUUUUUAAGAACUUGUACGUGACAAGCGACUCAAAGUGGGCGCUAGACGCUCCAGACAGAUUCAAGAUAGACAUGGAAUAUGAGAUGCCUUGGGAUGACUACAAGCGGAAGUAUGAGAAGGAGGUGCGGGAGAGAAUCGCAAAAUCGCAGAACAAGGAACCUGACAAGGUUAGUGGAGACGAUAUCCACAAAGCCAUUGCCAAAGUGUACGAUGGCCUCAAAGACAAGGCCAAGAAAAACGAACAAGAGAUGCGGGAACAGCUUGCGUACGGGCGCAUCUUCAACAAGUGUUUUGUCACGAGAGACGAGCCUGGGAAAAACUGA